AUGCCUAAAAGCUGGGAUAGUUCAUUUUCGGUUAACCCGUCUCCUCUCUUCCCCGUCGACUCGGUCCGUUUGACGAGCCGCCUCCCAAAACUCUUCGUCGUCUUAACAAGGUUAAGCCCAAGUGUAUCCAAUGCGGCAACGUCGCUCGCUCCAGGUGUCCGUUUCAAUCUUGUAAGGGUUGUUGUUCAAGAGCAGAAAACCCUUGUCCGAUUCACGUUCUUAAAGCAGCUGCGACGUCUGCUGAGAAGACGCAGGCGCGAAGUACUCCGUCUUCAGAGCAGAAAGCAUCCGAGAGCGCUCCUGGGAGCACAACGAGAGUUUCAACAAUGCGCUAGCUUUCUCAGAUUAAUGCUUCUUCCCGCCUUAGAAAGCCUUUGUCGAUAA